AUGGCUCGUACUAAGCAGACCGCCCGUAAAUCCACUGGAGGAAAAGCUCCUCGUAAGCAGCUUGCCACCAAGGCGGCGCGAAAAUCUGCCCCGUCAACUGGUGGUGUGAAGAAGCCUCAUCGUUAUCGCCCGGGAACCGUCGCUCUUCGUGAGAUCCGUCGUUACCAGAAGUCGACCGAGCUGCUCAUCCGCAAACUGCCGUUCCAGCGUCUGGUCCGUGAAAUCGCUCAAGAUUUCAAGACCGAUCUCCGUUUCCAGUCUGCUGCUAUUGGUGCUCUUCAGGAGGCCUCUGAAGCUUACCUUGUUGGUCUGUUCGAAGACACCAAUCUGUGCGCUAUUCACGCGAAGCGCGUCACAAUCAUGCCCAAAGACAUCCAGCUAGCUCGUCGUAUCCGAGGCGAACGUGCUUAA